AUGUUCAGCCCGGACGGGGGGCUGCCGGCCGCCCCCUUCGGCCUUCUGACCGACGCCGGACCUCCCUUCCCCCGCGGCAGCUUCGACGGAGCGCCCGCUCAGCCGCUCUUCUUCCCCUUCGCCGCCACCGCCGAGCCCGAGCCCGCCCGCGACCCGCCGCCGGCCCGCGCCUGGCUGCCCCCGCCCGUGCCCGUGCCCGCGCCGCCCGCCAAGGUGGAGGCGCGCCCGGGCCGGCCCUGCAGCCAGCCCGAGCCCGAGCCCCGCGCCGCCGCUUGCUGCGGCCCGGCCUGGCCGCCCCCGCCCUGGGCCGGCCCGGCGCCCUCCGGCCCCGCCGCCCUGCCCGGGCCGCCCUUCCCCGGCCCGGCUGCCCCUGCCUUCCCCGGCCCCCAGCUCUGCCCCUCCGCGCUGCAGCCGGGCUCCGGCGGCCCGUCGGGGCUGGGCAGCAGCGGCAGCUCCAGCGGCGCCGCCAGCGAGGGCGGACACUCCAGCGACAGCGGUGAGGAGGAUGCGCCAACCUCAGGAGAGCUGGAGCAGUUCGCCAAGGACCUCAAGCACAAGCGCAUCAUGCUGGGCUUCACCCAGGCUGACGUGGGGCUGGCGCUGGGCACCCUCUACGGGAAGAUGUUCAGCCAGACAACCAUCUGCCGCUUCGAAGCGCUCCAGCUCAGCUUCAAGAACAUGUGCAAGCUAAAGCCGCUGCUGCAGCGCUGGCUCAACGAGGCGGAGAACACGGACAACAUGCAAGAGAUGUGCAAUGCAGAGCAAGUACUAGCCCAAGCCCGGAAGAGAAAACGCAGGACCAGCAUCGAGACCAACGUGAAAGGGACACUGGAGAGCUUCUUCCGCAAAUGUGUGAAGCCCAGUCCCCAGGAGAUCUCUCAGAUCGCUGAGGACCUCAACCUGGAUAAAGAUGUGGUCCGGGUCUGGUUCUGCAACCGGCGUCAGAAAGGCAAACGGCUGCUGCUGCCCUACGGCAACGAGGCCGAGGGGAUGAUGUAUGACAUGAACCAGCCCCUGGUGCCCUCCACUCUGCCCAUCCCAGUGACGUCCCAGGGCUACAGCCUGGCACCCUCCCCCCCUGUCUACAUGCCGACCUUCCACAAAGCUGAGAUGUUCCCACAAGCGCUGCAGCCUGGGCUCUCCAUGAGUAACAGUGGCCACUGA